AUGGCUUCCGAACCUGAUACAAAACUGGCCGUGGGUGCCAAAAUGAGGAACGAAUUCUUUGGUAGCAAGCAUCUCGAAGAACUGCGACGCGAUGCAAAGGAUGAUAUAUUCACCAAGACGGCGUCCGAGUUCAUCUCCGAAGUCUGUUUCUCCAGCUAUGCCAGGCCAGGCCUCAAAUUCCGAGAGCGGUCCCUGAUGAACAUCGCUAUGCUCGUCGCUUUGAAUCGCGCGCCAGAGUUGAAGAUCCAUCUCCGAGCAGCACUGCACAAUGGCAUCAGCGAAGAGGAGCUCUGUGAGGCCUGCCGGCACACGAUGGUCUAUUGUGGUGUUCCCGCAGGUAGAGAUGCCUUGAAGGCGGCGAGUGAAGUGGUUACGGCAUUGAAGGACUCGGGAGAGCUGCCCUGA